AUGCAGUGCACCCGCAGCGGAUCCAGCACGCCCAUGGGGAGAGAUCCGGAUGCGAGAUGGGUGCAGUGGCUCGCCCUCACCAGACGCAAUAACCCUGCAUCACUGUCCGGCGCAAUCUCGCCGACUUCCUCCACCUCCUCGCUGCCCAUGGCUUGCUCCAAUCUCAACGAGAGCGGCCGCGUUCGCUCUCGGAGCAGCGCCACCAGCUACUUUGCUCUGCUGUCCGCGGCCGCGGACGCACACCAGCACCAGCACCAGCACCAGCACCAGCGGCAGGAUGGCCGCAAGCAGCACUACAGUGGCAGUGGCACGCCGACAGCCCGGCACAUGGACUCCUCGUGGGUCGCAUGGCUCAACGAGCACGGCCACCAGCGCCAGGGGGGACCUGUAGGACAAUCGCAAACGCAAACCUCUCUCCCCGACAGCACCGUCCUGUCCGGCUCCUUUCUCAACACAUCCGCAUUCACAACUCCUACUCCCCCGUCCAUGGUCUCCAGCGCGGCCACGCCGUUCCCCUCGCCCCUGGCCCCGCUGACAGAUGCAGACCUGGACGCCCUGAGCCAGCAAUUCCCCGACUUCCCGGACGGGUUUCCCCUCGGUUUCGCCGAUGCAACGACCGAGAUGGGCCCGUUUGAUCCGGCCGAGCUAGACGCGGGCUUGCUCACCUGGCUAGACGAGCAGCAUGCGUUCGCGUUCCAUCUGAGCGAGGAUGUGCCUGUUAGCCCGAGCAAGCGGGGUCUGAGUCUGGACGGGUAUCCGGGCGAAUUGUCCGCGGAGGGAACGGCGUGGGAGGGGGGGAUCAAGAAACAGAAAGUCUACCACGAGGUAUAG